UCUUCGACAGAUAACACACGAAUUAUGAAUACAGUUGGAAAAAGACUUGCUUCCGGUCAAAAUGAAUCGGCUCCGAAAGAUAAACGGCACAAAACCAUUGCUUGUGAUAGAUGUCGCAGGAGAAAGGCGAUGCUUACAGGGUUCUCGUCGUCCUACGAAAAAAUAUUUUAUACACUGUUUUUCGACGAAAAAUCCUUUUUUUAUGAGAAAAGAAGUCUAAGUGCUUCAGUCCGAUGCGACGGCGACGGUUACAAUCAGGUUCCAUGUGUUUAUUGCACGUCGGUUCAGCUGGAGUGCACAUAUAAUCAAAGUUCUAGAAGCAAUAGUCGGAAUGUGAAUUCUGGUGCUGCACAGAAUUCUUCAAAGUCAGAUUCAGCUAAUGCAAAAAAUCAAGAUCAAACGACCACAAAUAAUGCGUCGAAAUCUAAUAAUAGUACAAAACAGAGGACCACAAAUGCACGUCGAAACAAUUCUGUGAAAAGUCAAACAUUAGUGACAGCAUCAUCCUCUUCAAACUCUUUUAAUCCCAAUGAGUCGAUUCAACCCAAAAGAAUUAUUCCACAAAGUCUUCCCUUCUUGGAUACACGAAACAAUGAAUUUUAUUAUGCAGUUCAACUUUUAACAGAAGUAACGAGCCAACAUAAAGGUGCAGUGCUUCGAGAACUCAGCCCAUAUAUUUCUGUUCCCCAAGAGGAAAAACACCCUCCACCUCCUCAAGAUUCCAAUGAAAAUCAAUGGUCCGAAUUAACUGAAAGUCUCGUGAAUCUUUAUUUUCUUAAUUUUCACCCAUUACUCCCAGUCUUGCAUAAAGCAUAUUUCAUGGAGGGACUAAAACGCCAUAAACCAAUGAAUCCAUUGCUGUUACAUGCUGUGUGUGCGAUUGGUUCUACUUAUUCAAAUAACCCAAACGUAAGAAAAGAUCCCGACGAUCCGAGAACUGUCGGUCAAGGUUACUAUGAACACGCACAAGCUCUUGUUACCAAAAACUUUGACGCACCACGUUUGUCUACAGCUACUGGAUGUUUCUUACUGGGUAUAUUUGAUGCAUUGAGAAGCUUGAAGAGUAGGAUGUAUGUUGGAAUGGCAACUACUUUGGCCAUUACAAUGAGAUUUCAUGAUAAAAAUGCAUCGAAAGAUUUAUCUCAAAAUGAAAAAGAAGCUCGGAUUAAGUUAUGGUGGGCUAUUAAUAUCGUAAACCAUCUUACUUGCGUUGCUCUUAAUCAACGUUCAAUCUUUGAAGAUAAACACAGCACAAUCGAUUUACCAGCGGACACACAGUCAACGAAUCGUCAAGAUCAAAUUGAGACACAUAUCAACACAUAUUUCGAAUAUUACUCCAAAAUCUCAAAGAUUCUGUAUGACAUAUUGGAAUUCACUUUGAACCCCGAAAGUGCAUUGGAUACAGCAACUUUGGAGUUGGAAGAGAGAUUGAGAAACUGGAAAGAUUCUUUGCCCACAUUGCUCCAGAUUGAAAAUGCACAACCAUUGACCUCAAGCUCAGAUGAAACCACAAUCGAGCAUCUGCGCAUCUAUUUGUGCAUUUUGUAUCAUUAUGCAAUGAUUCGAAUUCAUUAUCCAAAUAUUUAUUCGAAGAAUAGCAAAGAUAUAUGCAGUGAUGCUGCAAACAGAAUCACCACAUUCACCAAUGAGCAUUUAGUUUUCAUCAUCAAUAGCAAUCAAUUUAUCGCUCAUUGUGCAUUGUAUGCCGGAUAUAUUCAUCUGCGAAAUAUCAUUGAUGAAGAAUCCAAUAACUUGAUAAUGGCCAAAGAAGCACACGCGAAGGCAUUACAAACAAUGAUAUUCUUUCAGAAAGUAGAACAAGUUCCUUCAUUGCAUUUCAUAAGUUCUGCCAUGAAAGACGUGAUUGCUAUUUUCGCUUCGCAGUUGAGAAAUCAUUUAACUGGUGAUGAACAUGCGAUGCAUAUUGUGAAUGCUGUUUUGGCUAAUAGUGGGACUUCAUCGCCUUCUGCAUCACAAAUUAAUAAUAAUGCUACCGGUUAUAUCGGCUCAAAUUUUCUGAAGAACUGA